AUGACAGCAACACCAGACACAGCAAAUGUGGUCGACAUCAUUACAACGGCUGAAACUGUUGUCGAAACCGUUACCAUGUCACCAACGCCUGUCACUACAACUGUUGAAAGCACUAUCAACAUGACACCAACCCCAGCCACUACGACUGUUGACAGCACUGUUGCCAUUUCACCAACUCCAGCCACUAAAACUGUUGACAGCACCGUUACUAUGACACCAACUCCAGCCACUUCAGCAGUUGACAGCACUGUUGCCAUGUCACCAACUCCAGCCACUAAAACUGUUGACAGCACCGUUACUAUGACACCAACUCCAGCCACUUCAGCAGCUGACAGCACUGUUGCCAUUUCACCAACCCCAGCCACUAAAACUGUUGACAGCACCGUUACUAUGACACCAACUCCAGCCACUUCCGCAGUUGACAGCACUGUUGCCAUGUCACCAACUCCAGCCACUAAAACUGUUGACAGCACCGUUACUAUGACACCAACUCCAGCCACUAAAACUGUUGACAGCACCGUGACCAUGAUACCAACUCCAGCCACUACAACUGUUGACAGCACUGUUAUCAUGACACGAACCCUAGCUACUAAAACUGUUGACAGCACUGUUACCAUGACACCAACCCCAGCCACUACAACUGUUGACAGCAUUGUUACCAUGACACCAACCCCAGCUGCUACAACUUUUGACAGCAUUGUUACCAUGACACCAACCCAAGCCACUACUACUGUUGACAGCACUUUUACCAUGAAACCAACCCCAGCCACUACAUCUGUUGACAGCACUGUUACCAUGACACCAACCCCAUCCACUGCAACUGUUGACAGCACUGUUACCAUGAAACCAACCCCAUCCACUGCAACUGUUGACAGCACCUUUACCAUGAAAGGAACCCCAGCCACUACAAAUGUUGACAGCACUGUUACCAUGACACCGAGCCACUACAACUGUUGA